AUGGGUAAAAUCUCGAAAGAUCAGCGAGACAUCUACUAUCGUAUGGCUAAAGAGCAGGGAUGGAGAGCGAGAAGUGCUUUUAAACUGUUACAGAUAAAUGAUGAGUUCGGAAUUCUUGAAGGUAAAUUAUAUUGUUGCACACGCUUCGAUGCGAUUUCACAGGCAUUCUUCUGUAAUACAUUUUCUCGGGAUAUCCACGCUCUGGAUCAUUUCUAG